AUGUAACGAAAGCUUAAUGAUAGAUCAAGUUCCACUGCAGAGACAAAUAUUCGACGCAAAGAUCUCGUCGAUCAAACUUAUGACAAAAUUUUCUUCUAUGAUGAUCGAGAGCGCAUGCAAUAGGAAUUGUAACAAAUAAAAGUUGAAAACAAUAAGCUAAUCAAUGAGAACACUAAAUUGAAAACUUAAAUUAUAUUAUUUGAUAAAGAUCUAGUUAGGUAUGAAAAAUUAUGUGUUGGAUCACUUAAUAAAUCCUCUGAUUUACUCCUAAUUCAAUUGCGGAAACACAAUAAAGAAUUGUCAUAAUAAUUAAAGGAAAAAAUUGAAUAGAUUGAACACUUAAAAAGAAGUGCUAAGAUAACUAGAAUAGCUGAAUUAGAAUGCGAAAACAAAGUCUAAAUUGAAGAAUAUGCAAAGUUGAAAUCUUGUUAUGAAAAUGCUAUUAAAUAAAUAAACGAUUUGAAUCAAAAAGUGUAAUGGUUCCAAAACCUUUAGGUGGACAUUUAAAAAUUAUAAAGGCUGAAUGAAAAUAAUGUCAAUGAGAACAAGAAUUUGAAUACAAAAAUCUAGUAACUUGAAGAAAUGUUAAAACAAUAGCAAGUAAAUUUAACUUAGUUAUAUAUUUAAUAGAUAUUGAACAAGACUAGUAUCUAGUAACAUGAAAAGAAGAUUAACAUGUUAUAAGCAUAAAACAAGAAAUUAAUUUCAGAAAAAACAAAUCUAAAAGUCACUAUAAAAAUGCUCUAAGAUAGAGAAAAAGCUUUUGUCAUUUUAAAGAAACCUUCUUCUCACUUAAAAUUAAGUGCACUUCAUUAACUGAUUUUAACCGAAUUAAAGUUUAAAUUAAUCCUCAGGGGUAUUACAGUGAAAUAAUUAAAUGAAAUGUUCGAUGGGUUGAAAUAAUAAGCAAAGGAAUAGAAUGUGUAAAUCAGAUUAGAUGAUUUUCAUCAUAUUUUGAGUCAGUAAUAAUAUGAUUAUUAAAUUAGAGAACCAUUCUCAUUCACUGAUAAUAAAAAGAUUCUCUAAAUUCUCAAUUGUCUCACAGGAAAUGGAGAUGUACUGAUCGAGUAAUUCUUAAAUUUGAUUGGUAUCUAUGAAACAUUUAAUAAUUUCGAUUUUGAACAGGAAUAACAAACUAUGCAAGAAUAAUUAAAUCAAAACAAACAAAAAAUUAAAGAAUAUUGGAAUUAGAAACAAGUGGUUGAUUACCAUGACGUAUAGAAGAUGGUCCUGUCUGUAGGGCUAUCAUUCAACAAUUCUAGUUUACUCUAUUAUAAUUUGAAUGUAAGCAAUAAUUACAUACUUAGCUAUUCGAAAAAUCAAAUGAGGACCUACAGAACAUCAAAGUGUCAGAUACAUUGGAUCCGUUUUUAGAUGAGGAUUAGGAAAUCUUAGAAUUCAACGGUUAUAAGAAAUAAACCAAUCAGCCACCAAGAAUAUCAGAAGUGUCAGAUGAAGAACAUUAUGAGUAACAAGAUUGA